GGCGGCGGCGGCGGCGGCCGAGCGGGGUCAGUUCUCUGGAGCGUUUGCCAAUGUUGGAGCCGUCUGCUAAGUGUGCCUGGCGAGGAGUUUUUGGAGUCGUGAAGGAUAUAGCAGUUUAGUCACUAUUGUAUUAACAUGCUUCAAAUAAAUCAGCUUCUCUCCAAGAUAAAAUGGCAAACCCCAAAGAGAAAACUCCAAUGUGUCUGGUAAAUGAGUUAGCCCGUUUCAAUAGAGUCCAACCCCAGUAUAAGCUUCUGAAUGAAAGCGGGCCUGCUCAUUCGAAGAUGUUCUCGGUGCAGCUGAGUCUUGGCGAGCAGACAUGGGAAUCAGAAGGGAGCAGUAUAAAGAAGGCCCAACAAGCUGUUGCCAAUAAAGCCCUGACUGAGUCUACGCUUCCCAAACCGGUGCAGAAACCACCCAAAAGUCACGUUAACAAUAAUCCAGGCAGUAUAACUCCAACUGUGGAACUGAAUGGGCUUGCUAUGAAAAGAGGAGAGCCUGCCAUCUACAGGCCAUUAGACCCAAAGCCAUUCCCUAACCAUAGAGCUAAUUACAACUUUCGGGGCAUGUACAAUCAGAGGUAUCAUUGCCCAAUGCCUAAGAUUUUCUAUGUUCAGCUGACUGUAGGAAAUAAUGAAUUUUUUGGUGAAGGAAAGACUCGACAAGCUGCUAGACACAAUGCUGCAAUGAAAGCCCUCCAAGCACUACAGAAUGAACCGAUUCCAGAAAAAUCACCUCAGAAUGGCGAAUCUGGAAAAGAACUGGAUGAUGACAAAGAUGCGAAUAAAUCGGAGAUCAGCUUAGUGUUUGAAAUUGCUCUGAAGAGAAAUAUGCCUGUCAGUUUUGAGGUAAUUAAAGAAAGUGGGCCACCACAUAUGAAAAGCUUUGUUACGCGGGUGUCAGUGGGAGAGUUCUGUGCGGAAGGAGAGGGAAAUAGUAAAAAACUCUCCAAGAAGCGUGCUGCAACCACUGUCUUACAGGAGCUUAAAAAACUUCCACCUCUUCCUGUAGUGGAAAAACCAAAACUAUUUUUUAAAAAGCGCCCUAAAACAAUAGUGAAGGCUGGACCAGAGUAUGGCCAAGGAAUGAACCCCAUUAGCCGCUUGGCGCAAAUUCAACAGGCCAAAAAGGAAAAGGAGCCAGAUUAUGUUUUGCUGUCAGAAAGGGGAAUGCCUCGACGUCGAGAAUUUGUGAUGCAGGUCAAGGUGGGCAGUGAAGUUGCUACAGGUACAGGACCUAAUAAGAAGAUAGCCAAAAAGAAUGCUGCAGAAGCAAUGUUAUUGCAACUUGGUUAUAAAGCAUCCACUAGUCUUCAAGAUCAGCUUGACAAGACAGGAGAAAACAAAGGAUGGAGUGGUCCGAAACCUGGGUUUCCUGAACCAGCAAAUAACACUCCAAAAGGAAUUCUUCAUUUGUCUCCUGAUGUUUAUCAAGAGAUGGAAGCCAGCCGCCACAAAGUAAUCUCUGGCACCACUCUAGGCUAUUUGUCACCCAAAGAUAUGAACCAGCCUUCAAGUUCUUUCUUCAGUGUAUCUCCCACAGCGAACAGCUCAGCUACCAUUGCCAGGGAGCUCCUUAUGAAUGGAACAUCGCCUACAGCUGAAGCCAUAGGUUUAAAAGGAAGUUCUCCUACUCCCCCUUGUUCUCCAGUACAACCUUCAAAACAACUGGAAUAUUUAGCAAGGAUUCAAGGCUUUCAGGCAGCUCUAAGUGCCUUGAAACAGUUUUCUGAACAAGGACUGGAUCCAGUCGAUGGGACACUGAAUGUUGAGAAAGGGUCUCUUGAAAAACAAGUCAAGCAGCUGAGAGAGAAAGCGGACGAUAACCAGGCACACGCGGGCUCCGUGGCUCAGGACUGCAAGAAAUCAAAGUCAGCCAUCUAGCAGCUCCCAGGACCCAUGGCAGCCUCCGCAUCCUUAUAAACCUGUCAGCGCGCAUGAGGGUGUCUGCGUUCAAGGAAAUGAAUGACUAAUACCAUUCUUUGAGUCUUAUGUGAAGACAACACUGUUCUAACACGAGAGAUAAUAUACAUGGUCCUGUUUAUUCAACUGGGGGAAAAUAAAACUUGGAAGUUGAGAUCAGAUCGUAACUCACUUGCCCAGAGGCAGCAGAAACCUGAUCCUGCUACUGGAGCUUAAAAUAACAAUUAACUAAAAGUGUUAGAAACAGAGCUAAAAUUUGCAGAUGAUUAAUAGAGGAAUUGGGUUUGAUUCUGUUGUUAUGAUUGGUUUGGUUGUGCCACUUGUGUUCAGUUAUAAUCUCAAUCUCUCUGUUUGUCUCUCUAAAUAAUGCUUGACAAUUUGAAAAUUAACCCAUGAUGUGCUGUGGAAUGUGGUUGUUGUCUUCAUAUUGCACACAGUUUCUCUUUUUAUGCAAAUCUUUGUAAUCUUCAUCCUGUAUCAAUAUGAAUAACCGUAAGGUGCACUAAGCAAAAACGUAUGCAGUCAGGUUGGAUAUUUGGUGACAAGUAUGAUGUGAUGUUAGGGACAACUAUUUUCCAGUGACUCCAGGAACUGAAGAAGCAAGACAGAGCCCUAGUGGGUUUUAGUUCCACAUGAUUCCGUUAGCAGCAAAGGUGGGGGGGCGCUUUUUGCCCCCAUAGGUCAUUUUACUGGGUUCCGCUCUGUCCUGCAGGUUGUACUCACCCCCAGUGUUGUGGCCACUCUCUGCAUCCAGAGUGUAUUUGCUACCGCGUUGGAGCUGGUGACAGUGAGCAGGGUGACUCCUGGGCGGAGAUAUGGGGAAAGCCUGCCGGAGAAGCUUCUAGGAAGCCUCACUCGGGGCCAGCAUGUUGGAACCUGGUGUGGGGCAAAUGCAGUUAAAAAAAAAAAAAAAGUGAUUGGUUUCUGUG